UGAAUUGAAAAAAAUUAUGUAAAAUAUUUGCAUAAAACGGUGUUGAUUUACAUUUGUUUGAUCGUCGGAAAGAUAGAAAGAUAUGAUAAUUGAUGGUCAUUAAACUACGUUGAAAUAUGUCGAAGGUUUUUCUCAUAUAUUGUCUUUUCUUGGUGGUUACUCUGUCAAGGACGGCGCCAGUUUUGGACGAGGAAGUUGAUGAUGACGAUUAUGAAAAUAAUGAAGAUAUCCAAGAUGAAGAAAAAUCAAAAGAAAAUGACGAUGAUGAUGAUGAUUACAACGACGCCAAAGCAAAAGAUGAUGAUUAUGAUGACGAGGAAGGAAAUGUAAAAAGAAAAGAUGAUGAAAGGGAAGAUGAUGAAGAGGAUAAUGACAAAGAUAAUGAUGACGAGGUUGAAGUUAUGGAACAGAAUCGGAAAAGAAGAUUGGAAUAUCCAGAUGAAGACAAAGACGAUGAGAAAGAUUAUGAUGACACUGUUAAUGCUGCUGCUAGAGUUGUUGAAGAUUCUGAAGGCGAUAUGGCUUUGAAUAAAAAGUCUGGCCAUACUGAUGAUGAUGAAGCAGAUGAUGUUGAUGAUGAAACAGAUGAAGGUGAUCUCCAAGAUAUGGGAAAACAAAUUUCAAAACUGAAAAAGGUUUUCAACCAAGAUAUGCCAAAUGAAAUUGAAGAACUGAAAGGAAACAGUAAAAAAUUAAAAGAUGAUUUGGAGAAACUGAACAAAAAGUUGGAGAAAUUCCUGAGUGAUAAUGGAGUUAAACAGGGAGCUCCGGUACCAAAGUCUAGUGAAGAUUACGACUAUGAGGCGUGAAUGAUGACAUUCUGAUAAGUUUGUGUUGUGCACUUAUGAUGAGCAUGCCUUGCGAUCCUUUGUAUAGAAAGACUUUUCAUUGUCAUUGUUGCUGUAUUAUAUUGAUUUGAUAUAACCAAUCAUAUUUUUGUAAUCAUCUGUUUUCA